AUGCCGAAAGAGCUUUUAGAUGUGUUCCCUACACGACGUAACCAGAAAAUUGCUGACGAAACUGAUAUUUGUAAUACUCGAAGAACCACACGGCUAUCAGCAGUAGGAGAACUUUACACAUAUUGCACAUAUGCCGGUACAGUUGUUGUAUAUCAAAAUCCUAAAAGAGCACCGAAGCCUCCACGUAUUUCGUACUCACCUGAUCCGAAACCUGCGAGGCCUCGAGCCAAGAGUGUCCGACCGGCGAUUGUUGCACCUCUGUCAGUCCCUCCAGUUCCACUGAAUCCGGUCCAACAUGUUUCAUCAAAUGCGAUCCAACAGAUUCAAUUGAAUUCACUCCAACCUGUUCAAUUGCAGUUCCAACCGAAUAAGCCGAAGACAGCUCGACAGAAGUCGCAAUCAGUACCACCGAAGUCACUGCAAUCGAAGCCAGUGCAACCGAAGCCAGUGCAACCGAAGUUAGUGCCACCGAAGUUAGUACCACCGAGGUUAGUGCCACCGAAGUCAGUACAACCGAAGUCACUGCAAUCGAAGCCAGUGCAACCGAAAUCAGUGCAAUCGAAGCCAGUGCAACCGAAAUCCGUGCGAUCGAAGUCAGUGCAACCGAAAUCAGUGCAACCGAAGUUAGUGCCACCGAAGUCAGUUCCACCGAAGUCAGUGCAACCGAAAUCAGUGCAACCGAAGUUAGUGCCACCGAAGUCAGUUCCACCGAAGUCAGUGCAACCGAAAUCAGUGCAACCGAAGCCAGUGCAACCGAAAUCCGUGCGAUCGAAGCCAGUGCAACCGAAAUCAGUGCAAUCGAAGCCAGUGCAACCGAAAUCCGUGCGAUCGAAGUCAGUGCAACCGAAAUCAGUGCAACCGAAGCCAAUGCAGCCGAAGCCAGUGCAGCCGAAGUCAGUGCAACAGAAGCCAAUGCAGAAUAAGCAGAUCCGGUCGAAAUCGUUUCGUCAAACAUCAGUUAAUACGAAUCCUUGUAGUCAAAAUGCUGCUCAGCCGAACUCGCCUCGACAGAAGCGUUCCCCACGGAAACCACUCCAGCUGAACAAUUCAGUUCCCCAGAGAACAAUUCAAUUGAGAUCAGCUCGGGAGAAUUCCAUCCCACGGAAACCACUUCUAUUGAAAUCGAUUCUAAAGAAAACAGUCCCAUCGAACUCAAUUUGGACUCGACAAAAUUCAUUCAUAUCAAGGCCGAUUCAACCGAAAUACACAUCAGUUCCACCUAGGACAAUUCGAUUCAAAUUGCCUCUGCAAAGUUCAACCCCACCGAGGCCGAUUAUGAAAAUCGAUUCGUCAGAACGGAAGCCGAUUCGUCAGCAAUCACUCCCUCCAAAAUCGAUUCUGCAGAACACCGUUCAGCCAAACGAAGUUCCAGUAAAUCGGCAACCAAAAACCGCGACAAGGCCCGUAAGGUCUCAAUCUGAGUUAUCAGCUUGCUCCGAUACCUCGGCUCCACCCAGAACUGGAUUGAAGAGAGCUGCCUCUUGUAGCCAAUCUCUUCAAACGAAACGGUUGAAACAACAGGAGGAGGAAGUUGUUUCCAUUCGCUCGUCCCCAAACAAAUCACCAAUACCUUUCAGUGAUGAUGAAUUAGAUGAUGAAGUGUUUAGUCCUAGUAGUCUUCCCGCACCGGCACAUCAUUCCAUAAAUACAACUGGAUUGUCGGCAAGCAACACGAGUGAACGUUUUGAGGACGUUACGUUCGAUGAUAUUUUUAUCAAAGAAGAAGAGCCAGAUAGCGGGUAUGAACCAAUAAUAAAAAAUCCUGGAAAUCCUUGCGAUGAUGGUUUUUAUGAAGUAUUCACCAUCAAUGACGUCGAUCACGAGAUCGUCGUCUCCAACGAUUGCAAAGAUGCCAAAAGCGUUUAUCAUCUCAACGGUAUCUACGACGUGGACGAUGUGGACAAGGCCUACGAUAUCGACGAAAUCAAGAGGAUUAAAACUGCUGAUAUUGUCAACAAAUUAGAAGAUACCAAUGAUGUAAACGAAUUCAACCGUGUUAAUGAUGCCUACGACGUCAAUACUGCAAACGCUGUCAAUGAUGUCCUGGACUUCGAUAUGGCUGAUAAUGCUAACGUUGCCAACCAUUUUAAUGCUUUCAAUGAUGUCAACGAUUUCAACGAUCUAAUGGAUGUCAAUGACUUUAACAACGUCAACUUUUUCAACGAUUCCAACAAAGUCAACGGUGUUGAUGUUGCUAAUGUUGUUAAAGAUGGCUACGAUUUCAACGGUAUUGAAGUUUUCCACGACGCCAAUGUUCCAAAAGAUGUCAAUCUUGUCAAUGAUUUCAAAAAUAUGAAUGAUGCCAACAAUGUUGAAGAUCCCCCAGGUGGCAAUAUUGGUGACGUGGUCAAUGAUGCUUAUGAUGUUUCGAUUGGUGCUUUGUAUUCAAGUGAAAGUGCGCUACCAGUUUUUGCCAAUGGGAAGGUAGCUAUUGAAUACGACAACUUUGACUUCUCUGUUUCGUGUGCUCUCAUCCGCAAUUUGAGAUGUUUUGAUGAAAAUCACGAGGGUUCUCUCAUACCACUCCUGAAACUUGCCGAUCGAGAAAUCAUAAACAAAUUGUGCGAAUCUACUGUCGAAGAUUUCUAUGUGCGCGAGUUCGUUCCAGCAUUCGACAACAUGAAAAAAUAUCAAGAGGAGCCUACUAAAUUUGUUAACUCGAAUGAAGGACAAUUCGAACGAUAUGUUGAAGAUGGAAGAGUGAUAGAAGUUCCCCUGCCUCCAAAGCCAGAACUUUUUCCGUAUCAGAUUGAUAAACGAUCAAAAGCGGAGAUUGUCAAAGAAACUAAUAAAAAAAUUGAAUCUGAAUGGCAAAAUGAAGUGAACGAAAGGCAGCGGAUCGCGGAAGAGUGGAUAAAUCAACAAGCCGAACUAGAACAUGAACGUUUCAUUAACUAUCACAUGGAAUUAGAUCAGGACUUCCAAAGACAAAUGCUCAAUAAUCCACCUCUUAUAAAUAUGUUUCCCGUUCCUUAUCCUGAACUGAACCCUAAUAAUUUCCCCUUCUACCCACAAUUCCCGCCCAUCCCCCAAAAUCCAUUUGUGAUUCCUCCCCUCGACCUUAAUUAUUACAACAUUUAUCCUCCAAACAUGCCACCGCCUUUUAAUCCGAAUUUCCAUAUGUAA